CGUCGGACGUUUUAAACCCGCCCUUCCUGCUGCCUUUUCCUUUUUUAGGCGUUUCGGAGAGGCUGAGGAGCCGUCGUCGCUGCUGUUGUUAUUGCCGCGCCCCGCCUUUUGCUGUCGCCGUUGCUGUUGUUGCUUCCGACCCGGGGAAAAGGGGAAGCGAAGCGCGUCGUAUGUCCGCUAUCCAGAACCUCCACUCCUUCGACCCCUUUGCUGAUGCAAGUAAGGGUGAUGACUUACUUCCUGCUGGGACUGAGGACUACAUCCAUAUAAGGAUCCAGCAGAGGAACGGCAGAAAAACCCUCACCACAGUCCAAGGCAUUGCCGAUGAUUAUGAUAAAAAGAAACUGGUGAAGGCCUUCAAGAAGAAAUUUGCCUGCAAUGGUACUGUGAUUGAGCACCCAGAGUAUGGAGAAGUGAUUCAGCUUCAAGGCGACCAACGGAAGAAUAUAUGCCAAUUCCUCAUUGAGAUUGGACUGGCUAAAGACGACCAGCUGAAAGUCCAUGGGUUUUAAGAUUUGUGGGUCACCAAAAUUCCAAGGAAGAUGACUUACCCGCGAUGAAAGAUUCUUUGUGUCCUGCCUCAUUAGUUUUAACCAAGCCAGCUUGCAUAAUGUAAUCACAUCAGGUUCCUUUUAGUCUGGACUAGUGUAACUCGGCAAUGUAAUAAACUGACAAGCGCUCAUGUUGUGUUGUGUUGCUGUCCCUCAUUUUUAAACCAGGUCCGGUAGUGUUGGUGUCAUGCCAGAAGUUUGUUUUUGAGACAUUGCUGAUUAGAUUUUAAAUAUUCUGGCUGUUUUAGGGACAUCUAAUAUUUUAAGCCACCUUUGUCACAGAAAUUGAGGCUAAAUAACUACAAACUGUGAAAGAUUAGGUCUCACCUACCUUUGUGUACCUGAAGGCAUCUUUGUGCAAAGGUAUUGGGGCUAAAUAAAUCAAAGUCUCUUUUAAAUAGUCACUAAGGUGACUGAAUUCAGGAAAGGUGUUAGCUUAAUCUUUUAAAUCUUAAUCUUAAACUUUUAAAGGUGCAGUUUUUAAAGAAUGUCAUUGCAAAGUACUGCUUUAGCAACUAACAGCUGUGUGAAGCAACAGAUAACUCGGUUGGAAUCCUGAUGUUCUGUGUAAUGUAUUUAAACUUUUAUUUAAAUAAAAAUGA